AUGGCGUCGAGAAUAGCUGCCUUGCCCAAGGGCAGUGUACCACCACCCUCUGAAACUCAAACUUUCAUCAGUCUUUCAAAACUCUUCACAUUCAAAGUCACUGCAGCUUCCAGAUCUAAAGUAACCAGUGAUUUCCUUUGCUGUUAUCUCUCCAAAGAUGAAACAUGUCCGAGGUGCGAGGACGGCUGGGAGCCACAUGGAGGAAAGUGCUACUUCUUCUCCUGGGUUAUUUUAACCUGGGAUCAGAGUAGAACACAAUGCAAAUCAAUGAGUGGAGACCUGGUUGUGAUAAACAACAGAGAGGAGCAGAGAUUCCUGCAGUCUAGAGUGAGUGAAAACAUGGACAAAGCUGAGGACAUGUUCUGGAUCGGACUGACAGACACAAAGAACGAGGGUGAAUGGCUUUGGGUGGACAACACACAACUGAAUCCAAGAUUGAGGUUUUGGGGUGGCGGCCAGCCAGACAACUGGACAGGGGAGAAUCCUGAUGGAGAGGACUGUGUGAGGAUGGGGGAGAAAAAAGGAGACAAGGACCUGGUGUCCUGGUUCGAUAAAUCCUGCGAAUCGCCUCAAAAAAGUAUUUGUGAGAAACCAGAAAAAGCAUGUGCCUGAAAUCCAGUUGGAUCAGAUUGAGCUUGAGUCCUCAGCCACUUUCACUAACUGAGACAUGAUGCUUAAUUAA